AUGAGUAUUGAUGUGAACACCAGUAUAGGGGUAGUGAGGGGUCGGACACUACAUGUGUUGGACACAAAUGUGGACCAAUUUCUGGGCAUUCCUUACGCCGAACCCCCGGUCGGCAAACUUAGGUUUGCAAAACCCGAACCCAUUUCCAAACCAUUUCCUAAUAUAAUCGACGCAACAACAUUUAAAAAUUCAUGUUUACACCCACCAGACCAUACCGGUCCGGACUUACCCAUCAGUGAGGACUGUCUGGUGCUUAACAUAUGGACAACAAAUACCACAGCAUUAAAGCCAGUGAUGUUUUGGAUAUAUGGAGGAGGGCUUGAAUUUGGCUCAAUUUUUGACAAAAAUUAUAAUGGUAGUGUUUUGACCACAAAAGAUGUAGUGGUUGUGUCCGUCAACUAUAGGUUAGGACCGUUUGGGUUCCUAUACGGGGAUCGGGAGGACGCGCCCGGAAAUGUCGGCUUUUAUGACCAGUUAUUAGGCCUGAAAUGG